AUGGUGUUAACUAUACUGGACGCUGCGACAUGGGUGUCGAUUAUGAGUCCCGUUCUCCAAGUCUGCUUGCCAAAAGCCGGCAUCUGCAAGAGCUUCCCCCGCGACAUGGUUCUUGCCCCGCUCAAAUUCCAUGGUCUGGGCAUCCCUCAUCCGUUUGGCACUCAGGUGUCCAAACAUAUCGAGGUUCUGCUUUGCCACUCGUCCAACCGAACAAAAACUGGGGCGUAUAUGGAGGCUGGGAUUCAAGAGCACCAACUUGAGACCGGCACCUCCUUCGGACUCUUCCAGCAGGACUAUAGCAACACGGCAACUUUGGCGUCAGAUACUUGGCUCAAAAGAGUCUGGAAAGAGUUGGAGGACUUGAAUAUCUACGUUGCUCUCGAUACUCCGGUCCUCCCUCUCCGGUGUGAAGGCGAUGCUUUGCUCAUUGAGGUAUUUAUGGAGUUGGAAGUGGACCAGGACGCUCUGAAGUGGCUCAACUGGUGUUGUAUGUUCCUCCAAGUUUGCACCGUCUCAGACAUCGUGACGGCCGAUGGCCGCAGCAUUCGGGAGUCAAUAUGGCAUGGGGAACGCGACUACACCCAUCGUUCUUCAUCUCAAUGGCCUCGCACUGUCCGACCCAACAGGAACCACUGGUGGGUGUGGCAGGAGAACCCUACUCGAGCACUACUUGUCUCCGACGGAACCCAGCGCCUCCUGCGUCAUCCACUGGGCCCCUGGUUUGAUGCUAUCGACAACUGGAACUGGUUAUGGUCUUCUACCCACGGCUUGUUCCACCGCCAGGGCCACGGUUGGCAACACUACCGUCACCGUCGCUCCCCCACACAGAGCCUUCAAUGGGACUAUACUCGUCCUGCGCAAUUGUCUGGGCGCAAACGCCCACAUAAUGAGCCCGCCGACGACGGCGCCUGCUUCUUGCCGGCUCCCUUUUUGACCCAACCACUCCCAGAGGACGUAACCGCUGCGGCGCACCACGACUCCCAACCGUCUCUACUAGCCGCCUGGAUGGCCGCCUCAGCCGAGGUGACCGAGUAUGUCGGAUGGACCCCUGACAAAAUAGAGCUCGAUGGCGACGAAAGCCUCCUGGCCGAAGCCUUACUCGAAGACCGGCUGUGCAUGAUUAGCGACGGUUCUUAUAAGCUAGGUCUGGGCACAGCGGCAGUUCAACUGCUCCCACGUAAGGGUGGCAAGGAACGUAUUAUUGUCCGUUGCCAAACUCCGGGCCUACCUGAUGACCAGAGCGCAUAUCGGAGUGAAUUGAUUGGCCUACUGGCCGGUAUCAUGGUUGUUGAUUGGCUCCUGGACCAGUGGGCCCCAACACUUCGAUCACCACCCCGCCCCAGUUUGACCUGGUCUCCUACACUUGCCCGCUCCAGGGCAUCAUGGGAACCUAGCCACGUGUACGGUCACCUUGAUAAGGCGACAUCCUUUUUGUGCCUCUCUUGGUGGUCCAAACGGAAUGUGGAAGUGGAUGAGUGGGCGGUUGCUUAUUGUCAUCAGCUCAAAGCUUCUCACCAACUGAUUGCACCCAACGCUCGUUUCUUUACCGAAUUGGCUGCGCUCUACAUUGGUGACGUCAAACAGUCGCGAUUGAAUCCAAAGCAUUUCCAGGAACUGGUGGCGUUGCCUGCUCUACGCAAGCAAUGGCACGAGCGGCAGACGAUUACACCGGAGGUGGAGCUGGAGACCGAUUGGACCAGUCUGGCUCGCGCCAUGAGCUCCCUUCCGGCAGGUGUCCAACGCUGGACUACAAAGCAUGUUGUGGGUAUAUGUGGUGUGGGGAAGUUCAAAGUCCGGUGGGGUUCCGCAGACCCAGCUGCGUGCCCCUGCUGCGGCGAGUUUGAGGACCACUUGCAUGUCCCUCGAUGCAUGGCGCCCUCUGCGAGUGCGGAAUGGGAUCGUCGGACUGUGACCUUGGACCACUGGCUGGACGCUCAAGUCACUGACCCAGCCAUCAAACACGCUAUCCUUCAUCUUCUUCAAGGGGUCCAAGAUCCGUUCCAACCUUCCAGUCAGGUGGUUCCGGCUUGUCUUCACAGCGCUUUCCUAUCCCAACAACGCAUCAGCUACCAGGGAUUAUUGGAAGGCCGGCUGUCUGUUCAGUGGGCGGCCCUGCAGGAACAGUACCUUCAGUCAUGA